AACUCUGAACAGUGUGUGACUGUUGUAUAUGCUAGCAUUAUUGAUGAUACGAAUCCUAGUUGUGAAUUUGAUCUUACUGGUGUUUUAACAUUGUCUGAUUUAAAUGUAACUAAUACCAAGACUAAUUUGUCACUUAAGAAAGAAAAGUAUAAUAAAUUAGAUGCAGAUAAUAAUGAUAAAGAUCUGAAUUCUGAGCAUAAAUAUAAAAAAGAAAAUUCAUUAGAUGAAAUUGAUCAGGAAGAUUAUGACUAG